GCCCUUGUCCUCUAGAGGUCGGUAGCUCGCUGACAGCCGCUCUCGAGUUCCUGGGUGAAUAAGCAAGCUGGCCUGGUCAUGUGAUCGGAGGACGCCUAUUGAACCUUAAGUUCUCCUGAGCCGUGUGGGGAAUCGCUGGGGUGAGGGGAAAAUGAUUGGGCGUUCCAAACUGGGAGAACAUCGGGAGUCAAAUAAUAAUUAGACAAACUAAAAAACACUUCUGUGCCGUCAACCCUUUUGAUCUUGUAAUUUUCAUUCAUUCUGCAAAUCUGGGCAGAUAUAUUGUUGAUUAACGAAUCCACGGUUUGUGCUUCCAGUCAGAACAAUUCAACAGGAAAGGAAUAUUAUUUGAUUAUACAACAGUCAUUUCAACGAGUUCAUUAUAGUAUUACAUAUUUCAAACAUAACACUUAGUAAUUUCACAUUGUUUGCUAAAAGUUUUCAUAAUUACAAAUUGUGACAAAAGGUCUUUAUUUACAGCAUAACAUUGACCACAGUUCUUGGUUGCCGAGGCUGCUGUGGCCACUGACUGUGGACGAGGUUUCUUUGAUAACAGGAGAGAAGCUGGAAGCUUUAAUCAGUUCAUACAUCAGGAAAUGGUUGGGAGUUCCACGCUGCCUCAGCAGAGUGGGACUUUAUGGUAAAGAGCUACCAGUCUCCGCUCUAACCGAGAAGUUUAAGUGCGCCAAGGUCCGACUGGAAAUGACAUUAGUAGAGUCACGCGACAAAUGCGUAAGAGAGGCAGCACUUGUGUUGAAAACUGAAAGAAAGUGGGCAGCAAAGAAAGCUGUGGAAGAUGCAAAGGCUGCCCUUCGAAUUGGUGAUAUCAUGGGGCAAGUUCAGCAUGGAAGAGGGGGUCUUGGUCUUGGUCUCAGUUCAGCUCCUCCUACAUGGCACAAGGCAGCUGGUGGAAGCUGGUAGUCAACAAGGUGCAAAAGCAGGAGGAGAGGAUGAGGUGCGUAAAGGCUGUUUCCCAGGCCAAGCAGGGAGAAUGGAUGAGAUGAGUGUUGAACAACGCAAGAUCUGCUGGUAAGACCUAUGGACAAUGGAACAGAGCAGGAUCAGUUUCCUCAUCAGGUCAACAUAUGAUGUUCUCCCAUCACAACAGAACCUAUACCUCUGGGUAGGAGAGGAUCCCUCAUGUCCUUUGUAUUCAUCGCCUGCAACAUUAAGGCACAUUUUGACAGGAUGUAAGGUGGCUCUUAACCAAGGACGGUUUACUUGGCGCCAUGACCAGGUGCUGCAAUGUUUGGCUAGCAUUGGAAGACAAGCGUAACAUGACCAAUAAGUUGCCACCAGUUCCAUCAAAACAUUACACACAAAAGACAACAUUCCUCCGCCCAGUAGAGCAACCACCAAGAAAAGGUGUUAAAACCAAUCCUCGCCCAGGACAACUGGAAGCUGCUAGAGACUGGAAAAUGCUGGCAGAUGCUGGUCAACGGCUUAUUUUUCCACCGAGAUUGCCACCACUAACCUUCGACAAGAUAUUGUCUUGUGGUCUGGAUCAGCACAGCACGCCUUGCUCACCUGGUAGAGUUAACAGUGCCAUGAGAGGAUGCUGUAGAUGAGGUGUAUGAGAGGAAGAAACUGCGGUAUGCUCAACUAGCCACUGAAGCGGAACAGCGAGGAUGGAGAGUUCGGGUUUACGCGGUGGAGGUGGGUUGUCACGAAUUUGUGGCACACUCUCCAACCCAGUUUCUCAGAGAUGUCAGAUUCAGUGGCCAAGAGUUGUGUCGCACAGUGAAGAACUUAUCCGAAGCAGCAGAGAGGAGCAUGCAACUGGCUGUGGUUGAGACGGAAAGAUUCUUGUUGGGGAUCUCAAGCACAAUAAAAAGAAAGAAAUGCUGAUGUACGGGUAAGUAAGCUGGGCUGAGUUGAGUGGGGGACGGAGGGGGGGGUGAUGCUGGGACACCAGAAUCACCGUCGAGCUCUCUUGAGGUGUCGUGGGCUAGUCGACGAAACACUGAGGAUGGAAGGUGCCCACUUGAAGACCCCAGAGAAGUACCUUACUUAGCUCAAUCCAGACGGUUGUCAUGCUGAUGCGCUGGGGAGACCGCACUGUGGUUGAUCCCCGGAGCCAGCAUCGCAGCCGUUGUGUUUCCUUAUGUGCUAGGGAGGCAAAAUAAGUUGAUCCCUGGAGCCAGCAUUACACUUCAGCCAUCAACACCAGGCAGAAUGAUAUCUACAUCAUCAUAGGGAAAGAAACGCAAAUGAAUGGAGACACAGAUGGAUCACAUUAGUUUACUGUAAAGCUACGUCUUAGUUCGUGCUUAUCUUGGCGAGAGCCGAGUUCAAAUUAGCAUAAAAUUUUAACAUCUACUCUCAUGUAAUGGAAAUCAUGUUUUAACGCACAUCCCAUUCACAUCUGUACACCGAUACGUGCCUUCCAACAGACAGCUAUUGUCUUUGAAACCUGUCCUUUUAUACCUGCCUGGCUUGUUAAAUCACGAAGACGUGUAUUCGUUUAAUUGAUUGCCAGUCAAUUCCUGCUUUUGGAUAGCUGUGGCAUUCUGGGAGAUGUCGUUUUUCAUUCAUCAUUUAAAUAGCAGGAAUGACAUUUAUUUUAUUCCACCCACAUUGUUUCUUGCCUACCUUACAUGCCAGAGUAAAUACUGUGUACUAUUACACUCCAGGGUAAAGACUGAGUAUUCUUACACUGCAGGGUAAAGACUGAGUAUUUUUACACUCCAAAGUACUCUUUCUAGUAGGAUCUAAAACUCAACUUAAGAAUCUCAUUAUAGCUGCCCUGCCCCACAGUACGAAGCCUUGGUUUACUUCUUGACAGCAACCUCUCCUUUGAUGCCCACAUCUCCUCCAUGGUCAAAUCUUCCUUCUACCAUCUUCAAAACAUCGCCAAAGCCGUCCCUACCUUUCCCUCACAGAUGCGGAGAUACUUUGUUAUGCCUUUGUCUCCUUGACUCGACUGCAACUUUCUUUAUGGUGGUCUCCCGGCACGCACCUUAAACCAACUGCAGCUAGUUCAGAAUGCCGGUGCCAGGAUCCUUACCAGAUGUAAAAAACGUGAACACAUCACCCCCCAUCUUGCCCAGCUGCACUGGCUACCUGUAAAGUUCAGGAUUACUUUCAAAACUCUCCUGCUCACCUACAAUGCCAUUCAUCACACAGGUCCCGAGCACCUCCUCAACCUGCUGUCCCGCUAUGUCCCUGCCCGCAAGCUGAGGUCCUCCGACUCCCCAAGCAAAAGUGCACCACACUUGGAGAACGCUUGUUUAGCUUUAUGGCUCCGACUCUGGAACUCUCUCCCAGCUUUGGUGUGUGACACUGCCACUGUCACUUGCUUUAAAUCAACUCUCAAGAUCCACUUGUUCUCUCUUGCUUUCCAUGCUCUUUAAGCCUGAUAUCUGCUAUUAGCUGCUGUGUUGUUGCUACUAUUUAAUGUAUUAUGCAUUUUUUACUGUAUUGUAUUAGGCUUUUUUUUUUUUUUUUUAAACUGUAUAUCAUGUAUUAUGCACUUCUCUGUAUUUAAAGUAUUAUGGAUUUUGUUGUUAAUACAUCUUGUAAAGCGCUUUUUGAUGGUGGUCCACUAUGAAAGGCACUAUAUAAAAUAGAUUGAUUGAUUGAUUGAUUGAUAUUACACUGCAGGGUAAAGACUGUGCACUAUGUAUCUCCCUUCUACAAUGUUACCCCACAUUCUCCCACAAAAUUAAUUUCCACAUAAUGUCUCCCUUUAAUCAUAUUUAUUUCACAUCUCUUCUGGACAGCUUCAGGAACAACAGCAAUUUCAUCACCACUCCAUCAAUUACACAGGUGUCAGAUUGACAUUGCCAUUCCCGGUUCACAUUCCUUUGUUUUUUGCAUUUUUAGUUUUCUGAAGCCACUUUCAUGUUUUACAUCUAAAACACAGUCCUCCCUGCUAUCUUCAUUUACAGACACUUGUGUCUCUAAGAAGGAUUUCAAACUCAAACUCUGAAGAACUUGUGACAACAUUCCCACAGCGUGAGAGACAAACAUUUUAACUGUUUGAACUGACACAAGAGCACACUAACGAGAGCAAAAACAAAAUCAUUACCAAAGUAACAAUCAAUUCAAUCUCAUUAUCAAACAAGUAUCAAUUAGGAACAACUGUUUUAAGUGGAUUAAAUAACUCAAAGGGUUCAAUCGGUAAGAAUAUAAUCAAUGAAGGCAUUACAGCCCAAACGCUGGUCUGCUUGACUCAGUUUCUUCUAGUUUCAAUAACACUGAUGAAGGCACUAGAACCCAAACGCUUGUCUGUUUGACACAGUCUCUUCUAGUUUCAAUAACACUGAUGAAGGCACUAGAGCCCAAACGCUGGUCUGCUUGACUCCGUUUCUUCUAGUUUCAAUAACACUGAUGAAGGCACUAGAGCCCAAACGCUGGUCUGCUUGACUCAGUUUCUUCUAGUUUCAAUAACACUGAUGAAGGCACUAGAGCCCAAACCCUUGUCUGCUUGACUCAGUCUCUUCUAGUUUCAAUAACACUGAUGAAGGCACUAGAGCCCAAACACUGGUCUGCUUGACUCAGUCUCUUCUAGUUUCAAUAACACUGAUGAAGGCACUAGAGCCCAAACGCUGGUCUGCUUAAUUCAGACUCAGUCUCAGUCUCUUCUAGGAGAGGAGGAGAGGGAGGGAGGCAGUUUUAAUGGAAGGAAUUAAAAUCUAGUGCGGCAGGCAGAGAGAUCAGGGGAGAGAGAGGGAGGGUUAGGGUCUUUUUCCCCUUUCCAUCACGCCCCUCUUUUCCCACUCACAUUUUUAGUAUUUACUUUCCUCCCCUUCCCCUACUCUGUUAUCCACAGCAACACAGUAUCUCUCUCUCACUUGCUCUUUCUCAUUCACCCCUCUCCUCUCCCCCUCUCUUGCUUUCUCUCUCUCUCCCUCCUCUCUCCCCCUUUCUCUCUCCCACUGCUCCCCCUCCUCUCCCCCUCUCGCUUUCUCUCCCUCCUCCCCUCCCUCUCGCGGUGGAACCAGCUCAGUUCUCGCAUUUCAAUUCAUUCUCAGUUCUAUUUCUUUUUCCUCUGAGUCUGUGGGUUUCUUGCUGUUUCCAGAUCUUGCAGCUCUGAGGUGAAUCACAACCUGCAUGUCAGCUGUUGCCUGUGGAAUGCUGUCUGUCUGUAUGUGUGUCAGUGUUGAACUAUCUGUCCACAAUGUCUAUUGAUCUCAUCUGUGUCUAUCUGUUUUUGUACAGCUUCUAUACCUGUCAGUAUAUAUGUCUGUCUGUAUGUAUUGGUCUCUCCAUCUGUAUCUAUGUGUCUGUCUGACUACAGAGGCGAGGGUUAGAGAGAGAGAGAGAGGGAGAAGGAGAGCGGAAAGCAGUUUUUUGCCUGUUGAAAUAUGAAUGUGUGUAAAUGGACGGUAGUGAGGGACUCAUCAGAUAUUCAAACAAAUAUCUGUGCAUCUGUGUGUGUGUGUGUCUCUGUGUCUGUCUGUCUGUCUGUCUGUGUUUGUCUGUCUGUGAGUGUGAGUGUCUGUGUGUCUGUGUCUGUCUGUCUGUGUGUGUGAGUGUGUUGGUCUGUAUAUUAACUUUGUCAUGCCAAUAAAACAUUGUAUUGAAUUUGAAUUGAGUUGGAAGGAGAGGGAGAGAGAUGGAUUAGAGAAGGGAUGAUUGAGAGAGGGGGUGGGGGCUGCACUGUGAUCUGCAGGUGCUCAGAUCACUGGCAGCUGCUGGCCUCUGACUCACUUUAUUUUCUAAUUGUUUCUAUAAAAAACACUCUGUUGGAAAUGAUCUCUCUCUUUUUCUCUCUCACUCCCCCUCUCCCCCUACCACUCUCGCCUCUUUCGCUCUCUUCUCCUCUUAACCCCUUUCUCGGUUCAGUAAUGCUGUAUCGUCAUGACAACGAAUCAAGUAUUGCCAAAGCUUCAAGAUACUACCCAGUCUGUCUCCCUCUCUCCUCACUAUCCCUUCAUCUCAACCCAGUCUAUCUCCCUCUCUCCUCACUCUCCCUUCUUCUCUACCCAGUCUGUCUCCCUCUCUCCUCACUCUCCCUUCUUCUCUACCCAGUCUGUCUCCCUCUCUCCUCACUCUCCCUUCUUCUCUACCCAGUCUGUCUCCCUCUCUCCUCACUCUCCCUUCUCUACCCAGUCUGUCUCCCUCUCUCCUCACUCUCCCUUCUCUACCCAGUCUGUCUCCCUCUCUCCUCACUCUCCCUUCUUCUCUACCCAGUCUGUCACCCUCUCUCCUCACUCUCCCUUCUUCUCUACCCAGUCUGUCUCCUUCUCUCCUCACUCUCCCUUCUCUACCCAGUCUGUCUCCCUCUCUCCUCACUCUCCCUUCUUCUCUAGCUCCACCGCUCACACUUCCUGUCUCUUUCUCUACUGCCUUUAUAUAAUGAAUUGACAAGCAUUUUUAGAUUCUAAUAUUUCCCUCUCACCCCUCUCCUUCUCCCUCCCCUCUCACUCUCCCCUCCCCUCCUUCUUCCUCUCCCCCUCUCCUCUCCCUCCUAUCACUCCCCUUUCCUUUCCUCCUCUCUCUCUGUCCCUGUGAGAGGGAUGGCAGUACGCGGUCUCUUUUUUGUCUUUUCCCUCUCUGGACUCCUGCUCCUGAUCGCUGUGGUAACAAGGACUGUCCAGUCAUGUGACUCUGAGGCUGGGCUCGCUACCUACAAUCCGCAACGGCGGCAGGGGGUAAUGGACAGAGUGGGAGAGAGGAGGCUGGCGGAGAGUAGACUAAAUUAUAGAGGCUCUCUGCGUCCUGCAUCUCAGAAACAGAUGUUGCGAGUGAGGGGGCGUCGCCAGGCAGCCCAGCUCCUCCCCCUGACCUCACAGGCCCCGCCCACAUACCCUUGGGCCAUCGACUGGGGUCCCACCCUACUUCCUGAAGAAACAAGCGACUUCCUGUCAACACAGGAAGCGGGUCAAAGCCAGCAGCAGCGACAUCACCAGAGACCUGAGCAGGCCACACCCACCCAGCGGCCGGUAGAGAGUGAGAGAGGAGAGGAGCGAGGGAGGGAGAGAGGGAGAGAGGGAGACCUGGCCACCCUGGAGACUGAUCUAUAUGAGACGGAGCCGGAAGCUGUGGAUCCCCAGUUCUAUGUCACUGUGACAAUCUCAACACUGCUGAUCCUCAUCGCAGCUGCAAUCACAGCCAAACUGUGUUAUGAUCACAGUAGAUCUCCUCCUCCUCUCUCACAUCGCUCUGUAGCUGCUCCUGGCUCUCUCUCUCUCUCUCUUUCUCGUUCCCUCGUUUCAGAAGAGAGUCGUCAGGCCCUGACCUCCACUGCAGGACUCCCCCAGACUCUCUCCCUCUCCCCUCUUGAACCCCACCCCCUCCCUCACCUGCCCCUCUCGAACCCUCCCCCAUCCCUCCCACUUCAUCCCCUCUCCCACAACCCAGCAAGAGCAGGCUCACAGUGCUGAGUUUCGUUGUCUCGCUGCUGCCUGCUUGUUCGUCCAGCUCUCUUUCUGUGAUAGACUGGUCAGAGUGGGCGUGUUCCAGAGUGGCCUGGGGGGGUCAGGGAACUGGUUCCAGUUUCACUGCAAUAUGGAAAGCGGGAGGGAGUGG